UUUUUGUUGUAAUACGAUGGUCGAUCAAGCAUGAAUUUAGUCAAAAUACCUACGCAAACGCAAGUGUUUCAUUUUUUAUUUUUAUGAUAUUAAAAGAGUAACCUGAACAUCCAUUUCACGAUGCUAGGAUCAAAUCGAUGGUCCAAGCGACCUAAACCUUCGUUUGUCGCAGUGCUAACAAUUUUUAUAGUAGUUUUGUUUACUCAUGUUGCCGGCAAAAAAACAUCGUCAUCCCUGACCUCACCAUCAGUGCAUAAUCAUGCCGCGACUCGGAACAGCGAACAAAACGCUAACCAAAGCGGCCGAAAGUUGUCGUGGAUAUCGCAUGUGCUAUCGGAAAAGUUGUCGAAUUUUCGACCCAGAUCGCGCACAAACCACCUGUGCAAUCAACAAAGUGACCUAUACGAGGAGAGCUUGCGGAACUUUACGCUAUGGGCUGUGCAAAUGAAAGAAGCGUCUACCUCUGCGGAGUCCUUGCCGGGAAUGCUGGUGGGACAGCGUUUCCACAUAGGCCACUACGAUGAAUGUAUCGCCAUCCGUACCUCAGCAGUGGCAGGUCGCUUUUGCCUGGCAAACAUCAAGUUUUGGCCCACUCAAGAGGUCUACCCCGAAUUCUACACCGAUCCCCUGGAAUCGCUAGAGGCAUCUCCAGACAGUAACGCUUGGGAUAAUUUCAAGGUGAGCAAAAAAUGGUUCCGACUGGAUCGAAACGACUUGAUAUGGUCUCUCUGCGUCCCGGCGUCCUGUUCACGUCAGGACGUCGAGGAAUCUCUGAACGCGACGUUUGCUGACGUCGAGACGAAGCACGGGAUCAUCGUGAAAAUUCAAAUGCACAACAACGUCUGUACGUCUAGUAUUGACGAAGCGCCUCUUCCAACUGAAACCAAAGCUCUCCUAUACGUCCUCAUCUUUCUGAGCAUAUUUUGCUUUAUGGCGACCCUGUAUCAUCUUGCAUCAUGGAACAUCAUCCACAUUCUCGACGACAAAGGUUUCUUAUUACAUAAAAUAUUGAUGGGCUUCUCAAUGACUAAGAACUUCGACAGCUUAACUGGUGCAGCUAACAAGGGCAAAAACAUGAACAUCUUGGAUUCACUGAAGUUUUAUUCCGCGGUUCAAGUUAUGGUCAAGCAUCGCAUGAUCACUCUCCUCGUCGUUUUACUUUAUAAUCCUUCUUUUCAUGAAACUAUGAUGAAAACCGACGAACUGAUUUUCGUACCGACCCUAAUUGUCGACACCUUCUUCGUCGUUUCAGGUUUCCUUACGUUCGUCAUCUGCUACGAACCGCUGAAAAAAUAUGGACUGAAAAUAUUUCCACUCAUGGUGUUCGACAGAUGGCUUAGGUUGAUGCCGGCGUAUGUGACAUUCAUCGCUAUGACGAUAUUCAUAUUCCCGUACAUGAGUAGUGGACCGGCAUGGAAAUUUAUCACCGAGCCAAUAGCCGAUAGUUGUCGGAGAGAAUGGUGGAUCAAUCUCCUGGGGGUCAAUAAUCAAGUCACGCCGGUGGAGCCAUUUGAUUUUGUCCCACCCUGUGGUCCGCAUACAUGGUACCUCGCGUGUGACCUUCAGCUCUUUCCUGUUGGUCUUCUCAUUGUAUACAUGUUCACCAGGAAUCAUUCAUCUGGUCUCAGAUUCGGCCUGGCUGCCCUUGCGAUGACCGUGGCCAUCCCUUUUUACGUCAUCUACAAGAACCGCUACGAUGCCGUUGGAAUCGCUGAUCCAAGACGGUACGUAGAAGGGUUCAACAUAACCCAUUUUUUCUGGGUGUACGUCAAGGCUUACAUGAGAGCUGGGCCCUACGUUCUUAGUAUUCUCUCUGCCUUUUUACUCAUGAAAAUCCGUGAAAAUCGAUGGACAUUGUCAGUAGCUUGGAGGUGGGUAAUCUUGCUGGCGGCGAUUGUCAUCGGUCAAGGCUCUCAGUAUUACGGUGCAGUAUUCUACGAUAAAACCAGACAGUAUGACGUCAUUGAAAAUGCUCUGUUCGGAGCCCUGCAUCGGACGCUAUGGAGUCUAAUAAUCUGCAGUCUUAUCGUUAUUCAGCAAGCCUGGGGAUUUGGCGGGAAAAUCGAUGAGUUGUUGACGCAUCAAAUAUACGUUCCUCUGGGUCGAUUAACCUAUCUGGUCUACCUAUUUCAUCCCGUUUGGCAAAUGACGACGAUGGCUUCUGGUCGGACAAUCCUCUACGUGUCUGUUUGGCAACUUAUUUGGCUGCUGGCAGGUGAUACUAUGGUUGUUUUCAUGGGGUCGUUGUGGUUAUAUUUCAUCAUCGAGGCCCCUGCAAACAAGUUCAGGGCAGCUAUGAUGUCAAAACUCACCGGCAAAGGACAACCUGCUGUAAAAGAAGAGCAACAGGCUACAAAGAAAUUGGAUUGAACUGCUCUUUCAUUUUCUUUUAAUCAGAAAUGAGAGUCAUCGCUCAGAAAAAUAAUUAAUUGAAGGAUAAAGAAAUACAACAAAAUAUUGAUCAGAUACACAGCUCUUGGUUUUAAUUGCUAGAGAAAAAAAAAAAUUGAAUAAUUGCACGCUGAGCUACAAAUAUAGAUACCUAUUGUACAGUGCUUCCGAUACAAUCAGCACAGUCAAUCCUCUGAAAAAUAAUUAAUGCUUAGUUUGUUACAAGAAAAAAUGGACUCAAUAAUGCAACCAUAAAUGCAACCUUCAGGUCCAUAAAACUUAAGGAUGAGCUCUGUGUACUUCCGAUGGGUUAAUUGUUGAGAGAGUAUGUUUCAUAGUGUAACAUGAAAACUGAUUUAUUAGUGUAUUAACUUUCUAUAGAAAUAAUACUUCUCUCAGUGAUGUAAAUUCUUUGCCUUAUAUUAAAAGAACAUUUGUUCCUAAACGAGA